AUGUCGUCAGGUAAAAAGCUUUUGCUAAUGGGCCGAUCUGGUUCUGGGAAAUCUUCGAUGAGGUCGAUCAUCUUCUCGAAUUAUUCGGCCUUCGAUACGAGAAGAUUAGGUGCCACUAUAGACGUUGAGCACUCGAAUUUGAGAUUCCUCAAUAACAUGACAUUGAAUCUUUGGGAUUGUGGAGGACAAGAUAUUUUUAUGGAGAAUUUCCUCAACAAUGACAAUUCCAACAAUCAAAGUUCGAACACUUCAAGUAACGUCUUCCACAAAUGUGAAGUGUUAAUUCACGUCUUUGACGUGGAGAGCAAAGAGGUCCAGAAGGAUAUCGAUACGUUUAAACGAGUUCUGUCAAAUUUGAAGAAGUAUUCACCAAAUGUGAAGAUUUUCAUCCUCAUUCAUAAAAUGGAUUUGAUUCAAGUUAAUAAGAGACAGGAACUAUUUGAUCUUAUGUUCGAUAAGUUGAAGAGUAUAGCGUUAGAUGAAUAUGGAUUUCACAUUAGAGGAUUUGCCACAUCUAUUUGGGAUGAAAGUUUGUACAAGGCAUGGUCAUCGAUUGUUUGCUCUUUGAUUCCUAACGUUUCCGUGUAUGAGCGAUAUCUCUCAAAGCUCAACGAGAUUCUGAAUGCCCGUGAAAUCAUCUUAUUCGAGAAAACUACGUUUCUUGUGAUCUCCUCGACUAAAAGAAUUGUCGAUUCCGCAAAACGGGACGAUUUGGACCCCAAGAGGUUUGAAAAAAUAUCCAAUAUCAUUAAAACUUACAAGCAGAGUGUGAACAAGAUCAGAACGAACUUCAGUAAUUUGAUUCUUCACGGAAAUAACUCUUCUAUCUAUCUAGAAAUAUUGACCUCGAACAUUUACAUCAUGAUCAUUAUGAACAACGAUAAUGCACAAACAGCAGAAGCUACAAAGCAGGAAGAUGCUGCAAGUCCGAAAAUCAUCCACUACCAGCUGAACGACGAGAAUUUGGUGCUACAAGACAUCAAAAUCGCUCGAGAUUUGUUUGAGAAGAUCGAAAGAGAGAAAUAG